GGCACAUCAUCCCUAUUCCCCUGAUCAUACCGGCAUCCUUGUGAGGUAUUUCUAUUCUUUUCAUUCUACUACUACCUGAAAGACCAAAACCAAAAGAGCUACCUCGCUCUAGACUCACCAUGUCUAACUCAUCUCUGGUCCAUUACACGACCGUCACCCGCGACAUUGACGCGCCUAUCGGCGAAGUCUGGGGCCUUGUGGCAGGUUUCGGCGCUGAAAAGGCAUGGUACCCAGGCGCCAAAUCUGUAUCUCUUGAGGGGUUCGGACUCGGCAGCGUCCGCACCUUCAAUUAUGUCUACCCCGCCGGCAAGAACAAAGGCCAGGAAUAUACAUUCUCCGAGGAGCUUACAGAGUACGAUACUUCCAAGCACUCCAUGACUUUUCAAGUCCGAAGGCCCGAUUACCCUGAUAUGAUCGCCUUCGGAACAACUGUCCUAGACUCACUCGGGCCUAAUAAGACCCGUUUUCGCUGGAUUGCAGAGGGUUCGCCCUUGUCGGAUGAAUUUAUGGCGGUUUUGCGUGAGGAUCUCAAUGAACGGUUCGAUGGGCUUAUUAUUGCCAUUGCCAAUCAGCUAGUCUGAGACUCGUGAUAUUGAUACUCGAAAAGGAGAGACCAAGACUAAAUUUGUUUCGAUCGAUUCAGGGGAGGCUAUAUCCUUAUGUAAAAUAGUUUGUACCUAGUCUAGAGCAAUACCUAAGUAUCUUCGACAGAAACUGC